CCAAACCGAAGCAGCAGCCAGCUUUAGAGUUCGGACUUCGGACUGCUGAGUGGCCACGAGAAGAAGAAGAAACAGAAAACCAAGAACUCCCACAUAACCUUACUUAAUCCAGAUGUGUACUGGAUCUGCUGAAAGGGAUCGACACGAUGUCGAUAUUGGAGGGGUUCCCUAUGUGGUAAUGGUGGAGAACCUUGAGAAGGGGAUAUCACCAUUUACAAUUAUGGAAUUUAUCCAUCAGCAAGUUUCAAUCUCGUGUCAAGUACUUGUUUCUCCAAGUUUGUCGCGCGAGGCAUAUACAAGAGCAACAAUCACUGUGAGCAGCAAAAAAAAUCAGGAAAAGUUAUGUGAGUUUUUGGAGAAUCCAAAUCACAGCAUCAUUUCCUCAAAGGGAAGGCCUUGGGUACUUACUGAGAAAUGGGCAGCACAUGAUAUUCCAUUGGCUUCACUUCAAGUCCUUAUGGCUAACUUUCAGACUAUGCUACAGAGAAGAACUAAACAUAGCGAGGAAUUGAAGGUUGUUCUCUCUGGAACUGAAGAAUACAACACAGCUAAGCUGCUGAAGGAGCUAUUCUGCGAAUUUAUUAAUCAUCAAGCUCGACUUCACCAGAGGUUACUUGCUGAAGAGGCAAAGAUUACUCAGCUAUUUGAUGCACAAGAGAUGUGAAGUUCUUAAAGCCUACUUCCUAGGGUAAUUGUUACUGUUGCAUCUGACGGUUAUGAUGACCGAUAACUACUCCGACCACUUUAUGAAUAGCUAGUUAUAUUUUGAGUCGGUAUUUCAAACUGGCUGUAUUCCCCCAAUCAUCCCAUUUCAGAAUUGUGACAGCCUCAUCUUCUGUUGG